CGUCAAUUUAUGAACCAAAUCAAAAUCAUCACAUCGCACAAUUUUCUUUGUUUUGAUGUGCUAAACACUUUUAAACUAGUGAACCCAGCCUUUUAUUUUUAAAGAAAUCAAAUAUAUUGUGAUAUAAUCAUGCUUAAGUUUGAAAUAGUAUCAUCGAGGACGGUUGACGGUGCUGAAAGUGAGAAGAAAUUCGUUGCUUACAUGUUACAAGUGAGGCAAGAUUCUACAGUGAACGACCCAGACCCUGCAAACGUCGAGCGACGAUACACCCACUUCUGUGAUCUCUACAAUGGCUUGAAGAAAGAGUUUCCGAAGGAACUCAGUGCUAUCUCAUUUCCUAGAAAGAUAGUGAUGGGUAAUUUCGACCCUAGCAUAAUAUCAACAAGAUGCACAGCAUUUGAGUCAUUGUUGACAUUAAUAUCUAAUGAAUCAAGGCUCCGUGAGUCACCGUCAGCCAUCGCCUUCUUCCAAGAUGUGGAGCUAAAUGAAGCUAGACGAAAGCUGGAUGAGGGAAAAUAUGACCAAGCUCUGUUCCUGUUAGAAAUGAGUUUUAAAUUAUUAAAUAAGGUGUACACAGAUAGAUCGCGGGUAGUCCUCAGCGCUCUGUGCCGGGUGGUGGCGUGCGCGAGCUGCGGGGAGGGCAACCUUGCCGCCCCGGUGGAACGCUGGGCUCAGCUUGCUCUACGUAGAUACGAGGCUGUCAGUGACUCCGACUUACUGCUGGUUUACAUUCCUCUAUUGCAUAGCUGUAUUUCUAUAUGGGAAACCCUCGGGCGAGACAAGUCGAAGCUGGUAGAAGAGCUGAAUGCCAUGAGGAAGCGCGGCAUGAAGGUGGACUCCGUGCCCGGCCUCAUGGAGGCCGUGGACCAGCUCAACGGCGCUGCUUAGUGAAUAGUACAGCUGCUUUAAUAACUCACUAUAACAAUGAUGCCUAGUUUCACCAUACUCGGUUAGAGCAUAACCAGGUAUUAGUGGUUGACUUUUGACACAUCUG